CACAUCAUAGUAGCUUGAAACAGUGCCCAUCAGUACGGUUUGAAAUUUGAACGUAAGCCGUUUUUUGAAAAUAAGCAUAAUUCCCGGAAAAUAUCGCGACUGUCGAAGAAGUGAGAUAUUUUUUCGCGGAAGACCCAUCGGGGUUCCUGGAAAAGCUGCACUAGAAAACGGUGACAGAGUGUCUGUUGAUCGAUCUUCUCGAGCCGGUCGACGUACGGUUGCGAGAUGACAUCAACGGGAUCGGUGGCGGUGAAACAGGAGCGGCACGAUGAGGCCGAAAUCAACGAGAUGGCGGCCAAGAUAAUGGAAGCACAUAAACAACAGUCGGCCAAGGCGGCUGCAGCGGCAGUGCAGCAAGUGCCUGGCGCGCGACCUGCAGCUGUCGGAGCCACCGUUGCCGCGAACGGAGUCGUGGUGCCGGGGCAGGCGAAUAUACUCAACUACUUGACACGCAAACCGACGGCGACGACAGUGGGUCCGGCGAACACCAUCAUGUCAACGGUGGCGGCGGCGCCCUCCACGGCGUUAACGGCACUGCCACUGGGAAGCGGUCAGGGUGUUGCGUCCAACGGUGGAAGCGGAAAAGCGUACGACGGUGGCGGUGAUAGCAACGGUAGUGUGAACGGUAGCGGCGAGAAAAAGGCAAAUGACGAGGAAAGUCAGAAAGGCCGCUUCGGCUGGGAGACGUUCCCCGGCAAGGUGUACAUUCCAUGUAUUCUGCGCCAGCAGGAGCGCUAUUGUGCGGUACGCAUGGUGGAGAUGAAGCUACUGAACAAGUAUCUGACCGUGCUCCAUCAGGACAUCUACACAUGCACGUGCGUCCGAUCGUACUACAUCACCGAGGCCGAGUGCAAGCUGCUGAACGAGAUCAACACCAAACACUGCGAUCUUCACUAUGGGCGGGAGAUGUUCACGCUGAAGGAUCUGGUGGUGCGGGUGUCGGACGCGUACAAGUUCCAUCAGUUUCUGGACGUCUGCUACAAGAAGCUUACGGUGGGAUGCGGCCCGACCAGUGACAAGUGCGGUUUCAUACGUAUCAACAAAGAGUCGGUGGUGCCGUACACGGUGCGGGAUGGGCAGAAGAUGGUGCCGCUGUUCUACUUUGAGGGAGAAACGGAUAAUCUCAAACUGAAGGCAGACAAUCUGUCCGGCUGGGACCUUUCCUACCUGAAGUUCUGCUGCAAGGUGCAGGGUAUCCGGAACGAGCUGUUCGCAAGUGACUCGGUGGCGGUCAUCAGCCUGACCGACAUCAAGGGAUACUUCCCGCCUGGCACGGAGUUCGAAGACUACUGGCCUAGCAAGGUGGUCGACUCGCAGCUCCUCUGUGGACCAAAGACGAACAACACCGUGCACUGGACACGGCAGCCAGUCCAGCCACCACCGAAGGCUCCGACGAUUUUAAACAACACUGCCGCAGUACCGCGAAAGGUUGCCACUAAUAAUGUCUACCAGGCGCUCCAGACGCAACAGAACCUCGCCAAAACAAACAACCAAAUGAACAGUAUUACGGCCGCCGUUCAGGCCCUCACAAAUAACUGGAACAUUGUCAAUUCCAACCAUACGAAUCUACUGUCCGCCCAGCAGGAACAGUUGCUCCGGCUAAGCCAAGCACAGCAGGCGGCUCAGGCGCAGGCACAGAUACGCAACAUGCAGAGCAUGCAUUCGAUGCAGCAGUAUAACACCUACUUGAACAACAUGUCACUGACGUCCCGGGCGUCCCAGAAUCAACCUGUGCCACCCCCGCUAGUUCGAUCGGCGCAAGCGCAGGCCGCUCAUCUGUCGAAUGGUAGUGGCCCGUCCUCCUCAGCCCGCUCAGCCAAUAGUAGUGGCAGCAAUCCCUUACCGCACCUAAGUCCUGCCCUAUCUAUAUUCGCAACAUCCAGCAGCCCCAAUGGUACGGUCAACAAGUCCCGUCUGAAUUCCCAGCAGAUCAGUGAGCUCGCACUGAGCGGUCAUCUGGGUUCCAGUGGAAGCGCUAAGGGAACCACCACUACUAGACCGGCCGCUGGUAAUAGUGCCCAACAUGGUGGUAGCAGUUUCGACGGCUUGUCAUUGGGAAGGAACGUCACCAUUACCCCUACUACUGUAGCCAGACCAGGUGGAGCCGGUGGACCGAAAAGCACGGAAGCAUCGGUAGGAUCCUUCGGGUUGUCCUACUAUAGUGGUAAUGGUUCGAGCAACAACAAUGGUACCAAACAACCUAUAGCGUAUCCGAAGAAUCCUAUAUCGACAACGACUGUCCCGGUUGGUUCGCCAACGCGUGCGUCACCGAAGGGUGUCCAGGCGAGGCAACCUCCACCAGCUCUUAUACCUGUCGGUGGUGAUAGUUUUCACCCGGAACUGCUGACGCAGCUGCAGACGAUGCUUAACAAAGACAUUCAAAUUUUCAAUGAGCAGCUGCUGGAAGCGAGCCGAGGCGCAGAGCGUGCAAAUAAGCAUAGCAACAACAGCAACAGCAACAGACCACCACCGUCUUCGGUGUCGUCAAAUUUGACCUUACCAUCGUACUUGGAAAGCACCACCAACAACAACACUGGUUCCUCAGUUUCCAGUGUUAUAGUGCACGAUAAUAGUAGAGCAAGUAGUAGGGUAGAUUUUGGCAGGAAUCAAAGUGUCAUUACUACCGCCAACAGUCGGCAUGGUGGCGGAGGAGGGCUGAACGUUCUAGCGGGCCCUGAUCCAGGAAGAUUUCGAAGCGUAUUAGCCGCCGCCGGACUAUCGGAUGUAAUCGAUCUAUCUUCUCCUCCAAGGUCUAAUAUGGCAGGAGCGACACUGAAUCAGCAGCAGCAAAUGGCCGCACAUCAGCAGGCAGCAGUCCAACAACAGCAGCAGCAAUCACAAUCCAACAAACGGUCCGCGUCGAACUUGUCCGGAGGUGGACGUUCCAACACAAUCAUCAGUUCCUCUAGUGGUAGCAACGGUAGCGGCGGCAGUUCGCUUGGCGUAGGCAGUAAUUAUAGAAAUCCCGGUGCGGCCGUACUACAGCAGCUUCAACAGCAACAGCAACAGCAACAGCAGGCACAACAUCACGCUGCGGCCGCUGCGGCAGCCGUUGCUGCGGCUGCUGCUGCCGCCAACAUGGCGGAUGCUACCCCGCGGCUCGGUAAUGUCAUCCUGAUACCGGAAUUGAAUGCCAGCGUGACGCCAUACAACAAGCCGUACGAGGUGGUGAAGAAACCGGUGGAAAAUAAGUUCAUCUACUGUGUCAACAAAACACCCUACACCCGGCCUGCUGAGUUAUUGAUGAGCAUCUUCGAUCUGAAAGACGUGUUCUUUCCGUACAGCAGCGUUGAUGUGUGCCGACGGGUGCUAGCCGCUCUGGAUGUUAAUCUUUUCAUCGGAAACAGUUUACAAAUUCAAGCUCUUCAAGAAGCUGGUCGUACAAAUAUUGAUCAAAAGAUGCCGUUAGUCCACUUGACGGACGUAAUGACAUUCAUGCCACAGCUGCAGUACAUGGUGCGAAGUCAGAUUCAGGACACGCCGGCCAACAAAAGGGCACGCAUCAGCUAG